CGCUGUAUUCUAGAAAAUUUACCCUCUUCCUUUUGUUAUUAUUAUUUAUUAUUACUCGACAAAUUUGUCUUUGCCACGAAAACACGUCAGGUGUUCUUCAAAGAAAACAAAUUAUGAAUUUCGACAAUUUCUUUCGCCAAUUUUUCGGAUUAUCGUUUCCUGCGAAAAGACCGCCUGAAGAGGAGCGUGAUGAAGAUUCACGGAACUUAGACAGUAACCAAAUGUUUGGUGGCCCUCAAUGGAAUAAUGAACUUGAUCAACUUGAUAAAAUGAUGAUCAAACUUCUUAAAGAGAGUUUUGAAAAUCUUUCAAUGUUCACUGAUGUUCCUUUACAUCAAGAACACACUGAAAUGCCUGUAUAUCCACAAGCUUCACUUAGAGACCAAAUGCUAAAGCCAGGAUUUACAUAUCAACCAAAUGAAGGGGAAUGGAAAUCCAAAAGAAAUAGAAAAGAUGAAGUUGAUUUGGAUGAAACUACCAAACAUGACAAAAAUUUAGCUGCAUUGCUACCAAAAGCCAGAGAAGAUGGGAUGUAUUAUUCGACCAGGUCUUCCACAAAUUAUUUCCAUAGUUGGAAUGGUGCAACAGAAUCGAAGUCGACGAUAAAUGACAGAGACGGCUGUCACAGAGAUUUGACGACAAAAGAACUUAAUGGGAAAACAUAUGUCAUGGAAAGAAAACAAUGCCCUGGAGCUCCCCCACAGACAACAGAAACACUCAUUAACUUGACUAGGGAAGAAUUGCCAGAAUUCCUAAAAAACUGGGGAUCUAAUCAGGGUGUUGGAAACCAAGAUGUGUUUGACUUUUGGGGGUCCUUUAAAUAAAUAAAAAUUUUAGUUUAAUUGUAUAUUUGUGGAAUAAUUGUAAUCAUUUAAAAUUAAAUAAACAUACAAUACACAUACAAGAAAAAAA